GGGUGGGUGGGGUUUGCUGCACCGCGGCGGUGGCGGCGGAGGCUAGUGGGUCCUCCGGUGACUCCGGGGCGGGGCUGUGGGGAGGGUGCCCACCGACUGCAGGACUUCUCGGAAUGGGGGGUGUGGCUGGUCGGCCAGCAUCUUCCGGGUGGGAGAAAAGGUCCGCUAUUACGGGCGGCGCAACCUCGAAGGCCUGCUGCUAGAGAUGCUCUUCCUCUCGUUUCAUGCAGGCUCUUGGGAAAGCUGGUGCUGCUGCUGCUGUGUGAUUCCCGCGGACAGACCUUGGGACCGGGGCCGGCGCUGGCAGCUGGAGAUGGCGGACACACGAUCAGUGUAUGAAACCAGGUUUGAGGCGGCCGUGAAGGUGAUCCAGAGUUUGCCGAAAAAUGGAUCAUUCCAACCAACAAAUGAAAUGAUGCUUAAGUUCUAUAGCUUCUACAAACAGGCAACUGAAGGACCCUGUAAACUUUCAAGGCCUGGAUUCUGGGAUCCUAUUGGAAGAUAUAAAUGGGAUGCUUGGAGUUCGCUGGGGGAUAUGACUAAAGAAGAAGCCAUGAUUGCAUAUGUUGAAGAAAUGAAAAAGAUUAUUGAAACGAUGCCCAUGACUGAGAAAGUGGAAGAGUUGCUGCAUGUUAUAGGUCCAUUUUAUGAGAUUGUAGAAGACAAAAAGAGCAGCACGAGUUCUGACUUGACCUCAGUCCGAUUGGAGAAAAUCUCCAAGUACUUAGAAGAUCUUGGUAAUGUUCUGACCUCUUCAAAUGCCAAAGCUGUUAAUGGUAAAGCGGAGAGCAGUGAUAGUGGGGCUGAGUCUGAGGAAGAAGAGGCCCAAGAAGAGUUAAAAGGAGCAGAACAAAGUGGCAGUGAUGAUAAGAAAAUGAUGAAGAAAUCAACAGAUAAGAAUUUGGAAAUCAUUGUUACCAAUGGCUAUAAAGAUAGCUUUGCUCAGGAUAUACACAGUGACAUUCAUACCGAUUCUUCCCGGAGUACCAGAAACAGUGAAGAUGAGAAGCCUGGAGAACAGAGCUUGCAGCGGACAGCAAACACUGCUGUCUGUGUUCACCAAGAUACAAAUGAAGAUCCCAGCGAAGAUGCUUCAGGAAUACAUCAUUUGACAAGUGAUUCAGAUAGUGAAGUAUACUGUGAUUCUAUGGAGCAAUUUGGACAAGAAGAGUGUUACUUAGGUGGUGAUCCUACUCAGCACUUGGAAAGUUCUGGUUUUUGUGAAGAUGCUCGACAGUCUCCUGGAAAUGGCAGCAUUGGGAAAGUGCAGGUGGUAGCGGUCAAGGGAAAAGGUGAAGUGAAACACGGAGGAGAAGAUGGCACAAGUAGCAGUGGAGCCCCGCACCGUGAGAAGAGAGGCGGAGAGAGCGAGGACUUCUCCAGUGUCAGGAAAGGGAGAGGGCAUAGAAUGCCGCAUUUGAGUGAAGGAACCAAGGGUCGGCAAGUAGGAAGUGGCGGUGAUGGAGAACGCUGGGGCUCAGACCGAGGGACCAGAGGCAGCCUCAACGAGCAGAUCGCUCUUGUGCUCAUCAGAUUGCAGGAGGACAUGCAGAAUGUCCUUCAGAGACUUCACAAACUGGAAACACUAACUGCUUCCCAGGCGAGAUUAUCAUUGCAGACAAGUAAUCAGCCCUCCUCACAGAGACCAUCUUGGUGGCCCUUUGAGAUGUCCCCUGGUGCAUUAGCUUUUGCUAUCAUAUGGCCUUUUGUUGCACAGUGGCUGGUGCAUUUGUAUUAUCAAAGAAGGAGAAGAAAACUAAAUUGAAGAAGUGGCCUUUUAUUCAAGAAGACUGCUGGGCCUGAAUGACUAAGAGAUGGAUUGGAAAUGAAGUGGAAUUCACAAGAAAAUCUCAGUCUGUGAUGAUUACAUUUUUUUGUCCAGUAGUUUGGUUUAUAUAAAUAUUCUUUGCACUACAAAAUGGUAACAUUUUAAAGACUAAUAUUGCUGAUACUUGAAAAAUCAAUCUCAACUAGGUUUUACGUAGCAUCCAUAGACUUACUCUUUUUGAGCUUGAAGGACUUUAAGUUAUUAAUUAUUGUUCAGUAACUAUCACCUGAUUUUCUCCCAUAAGAAUUAUAAGCUGCAUUUCUAAGGCAUAGCUACAAUUAUGAGAUAAAAUUUAUACUUUUUACAUUUCUAAAUUAAAUACAAGAAAGAAUGCAAAAGCAAGAGUGGCUUUUAAAUGAGGUUAAAUCAUUUUGUAUCAGUCCCUGAACUGUGAGCUAUGUAGCAGAAAACUGACGGAAGAAUCCUCUCCAUUCUUUGUGGUCUGCACGUAAGACGGCUUUAUUUAGUGGCUUGAUUUCCCUGGCUUGCUCAGGGGAACUCAGAAAAUCAUCGUCCUUGGAUUGUGCUUACUAUUUACAUACAAAUGAUCGCUGAACAGACUUAACUCGAUGAUGGAGAUGAAGAAAAGGCCUAAUGUAGGUGUAAAAGUGUAUUCCAACUUCAGAGAUGGCUUAUCAGAUUUUAAUUUAACCAUAUACACUUAAUCCUUUGUAACCAUUUUUCUUUAAGUGAGGAUAUCUACUGUCUGCUUCAUAGGCUGCUUUGCAAUAAAAUGAAAACUUAUUUAUACCUUUUUUACUAAGGAAACAAACGCAUGAAAAUCCUUUUUUUCUGCAAGGGGUAAAUGACAGUCUGGAUUCUUAACCUCUUAGUGCCUCAGUUUUCCUUUGGGGUAUACUUCACAAGGCAUCAGAAGUACUUUCAGUCUACAGGUCUCUAUGUCCACAUAAUUAAGGAAUGCCUAAAUAAUGGAAGUUUAAGUUCCUUCUGGCCAUUAGAAUCAAAGGAAGAUUAAUUUAGAUCCUGGAAGAAUGUAUUUAAAAAAUAAUCUUCCUCAUAUACUUUCCCAGCCUAUGCUCAGUAAUAUACUUUAUGCUUUGAAGAUUUAAUUUAAAAACUUUAUAGCAGAUCCUUAUCUGCUUUUCCUUUUGAGACAGAGGCUUGGUAGCUCAUGCUACCCUCCAGAUCUCUAUGUAGCUGAAGAUGACCUUGAAUACCUGAUGUUCCUCUCUACUUUUCAGUUUCUGGGACCACAGGCAUGUACCACCAUGGACAGCUUUGGAUAGUAAAACAUUGCAAUUUGUUCUUGAUAUGUAUGAUGUUGGGGGCAUUAGCAUUAGGUCUGAAUAUUUUUGGUAAGAAGGAAAGCAUCCAUCUCUAGAAUAUAGGGGUAUUCUUUGGAAAAAAAUAUGAAAACAUAAUUUACUUGUCCUAGACUUUAUAAACAGUUUUAUUUUAUUUUGAGACAGGGUUUCUCUGUGUAGCCCUGGCUGUCCUGGAACUCACUCUGUAGACCAUGCUGGCUUCAAACUCAGACAUCUGCUUGCCUCUUCUUCCCAAGUGCUGGGAUUAAAGGCGUGUGUCAUCAACGGCCCAGCAUAAACACACUUUUUAAAACUAUAACCUUAUUUUAAAAUUGUGUAUCACAACUUGGUUGAUCUGCCUAAAAUGAUCUACUGGCUUUUGCUUAUGAUUAAAAAACUCUCAAAUCUAUCUUAUACUUUUUCAAAGGAUGAAAAAAAAAAGCAAAUAACUGAAUUAUUAUAGAAAACUUUAGACCUGUGGAGAUUUUUGUUUUAAAUUAUAAAAUUUUAAAUUAUAGAAGAAGUUGGUAUGGUAAAGUGAUGGCUUGUUUUCUUCUAUAAAUCAAAUGCAAAUCAGAGAUGUAACCAGUUGUGAUUCAUUGCAAUUAGUCAAGUGUAACUAACUCCUAAGGGCAACCAUUUGUAUCUUAUAUAUCAGAAUUACUUUCUAUAAUUUGAAAGCACUUUGCACAUACUUCUUGUAUAUAAAGGAUGUAAUUACAGUAUCCUGUGGUAAUGCUUUAAAAGAUGAACCUCAUUUUAAAAAUUGACAGCUAUGGUAUUUUUUUAAUGAUCAGCUUUUUCGUUUAUUGUAAAACUAAGUUAAAAAUAAAAGGUUAAUGAGAAAUGAAAUGGUUUUUAUGACUUGUUAACUGCAUUGAUUGUGUACAAAGCUAAAGUGAGAAGAAACAGUAGUUCAUAUACUGUAAUCUUAAAUAGCAGGCAGGAGAUACAACUCUCGAAAAUGCCAAGCAUGUGACCUCCCGAGGUUCAAUUUCCAGUACCAUGUAA